AUGAAUUUGUUUUGUUUCUCGCAAGCACCUGAAGCCAGUAGCAUACUGGUCUUCUCGCUACAUAUCUUGCUUGAUAUUGCGCUGACGGUCCCACUGGAUAUCUUGCUUGUUAUCGCGCUGACGGCCUCGCUGGAAGUCGCGCUGAAGGUCUCGCUGAAUAUCUCGCUUGAUAUCGCGCUAACAGUCCCACCGGAUAUCGUGCUGACGGUCUCACGGGAUAUUGCGCUGACAAUCUGGCUGGAUAUCGUGCUGAGUGUCUCGCUGGAUAUCAUAUCCAGCGAGACCGUCAGCGAGAUAUCCAGCGAGACCGUCAGCGCGACUUCCAGCAAGGCCGUCAGCGCGAUAACAAGCAAGAUAUCCAGUGGGACCGUCAGCGCGAUAUCCAGUCGGACCAUUAGCGCGAUAUCAAGCGAGAUAUCCAGCGAGGCCGUCAGCGCAAUAGCAACCAAGAUAUCCAGUGGGACCAUCAGCGCGAUAUCAAGCAAGAUAUCCAUCAAGACCGCCAGCGUGAUAUCCUGCGUGAUAUCCAGCAAGAUAUCCAGUGAAACCGUCAGCGUGAUAUCCAGUGAGAUACCCAUCAAGACCGCCAGCACGAUAUCCAGCGAGACACUCAGCACGAUAUCUAGCCAGGUUGUCAGCGCGAUAUCCAGUGAGACCGUUAGCGCGAUAUCAAGCGAGAUAUCCAGCGAGACCUUCAGCGCGAUUUCCAGCGAGGCCGUCAGCGCGAUAACAAGCAAGAUAUCCAGUGGGACUGUCAGCGCGAUAUCAAGCAAGAUAUGUAGCGAGAAGACCAGCAAGAUCAUAAGCGCGAUAUGCAGCAAAAUUUUCUGCGUGCUAUCCAGCAAGACCCUUAGUACAAUAUCUCAGAAAAUUACCAACGUGUUUGUCUGCGAGGCCUUGGCAAUCCGAUUUUUUUUUUACUAUGCUACUGGCUUCAGGUGCUUGCGAGAAACAAAACAAAUUCAUUUUUUUUCAACCAAUCAGAGAACUUGGCCCCGCCUAUCUUUUUUCUUUGUCUUUCAACAAAACCAAAUUCCUGGCCCUAGUUAUGAUACAUAUUCUUAUCGUGCAUCAGCGGAUUUUCUUAACAGUGUUGUAGAAGACAUACCGAAUUUAUUAAAUUAUUUUCUGAGUGAUCUUCUAUUACACAAAAAAAAAGACAGUGAUUCUUCAGAUUUUGUGAAACGCGAUAAUAUAGCUCACGCAAUUAUUUCAAGUAUCCGGCCUAAAUCUUUUAAUUCGCAUCUUCAGCUAGCUAUCGUCACUUACAUACAUAAGAAGAGCGGCUCAAGAUUAAUUAUUGAUCUACUAUCAAAACUUGGAGUAUGUGCUUCAUACUACAAUAUUCAAUUGUUUGAAGCGUCAACAAUGAUGGAUCCUCCGAAAAUGGUCAUUGACGAUGUUUUUGGGCAGUACAUUUUUGAUAACACAGAUCAUAAUGCGAAAACUUUGGAUGGCAAAAGAACUUUUCACUGUCUUGGAGGAAUAAUUGCAUAUACUCCGGAGGGCAAUGUGACCUAUGAAGGCUCUUCGAAAAAGUGCCGUAAAAUGCUUUCUGCUGAACAAUUAGCCCAAUGCAGUUCUGUUGAUACAAUUCCAUUUCGGAGUUCACAAGCUACUGGAUUACAAAAUAUUGAAUUUGAAGUUGGAGAGGGUUUAUGGAAACAAUAUAUCAAGAUUUCCCUCACGAUUCUGUUGCGCGAAUCAUUUGUUUACCAUUUAUAA